CGUGCAGGCAGGCAGGAGGAAGCUGUGUGGGCCGCCGCAGGGAGGGACCGAAGCACAGAGACACGACCGCCGGGCGGGCUGCGGUGGUGGUCAGACACCGGUUAUCUGUCGACCAGAGGCGGCUGGCUCUCUCCCGGAGCUCGGUGUCGGAGAGUGAAUGAGGUUGAUGCUGCUCUGCUGCACCUGGAAGGACGAACGCAUGGGAGAGGAGGAAGCAGGAGGAAGUUUGCCCGUCUGUGCGGGAUGCAAACAGAGGAUCUACGAUGAGCAGUACCUGCAGGCCCUCAACGCUGACUGGCACACCGUCUGCUUCAGGUGUUGUGAGUGCAGCGCAUCGCUGUCCCACUGGUAUUAUGAAAAAGAUGGACGACUCUUCUGCAAGAAGGACUAUUGGGCCAAAUUCGGGGAGCUGUGCCACGGCUGCAACGACCCGAUCACCACCGGCCUCAUCAUGGUCGCAGGGGAACAGAAAUAUCACCCAGAAUGCUUCACCUGUUUGAACUGCAGGGCAUUCAUCGGCGAUGGAGACACAUACGCUCUGGUGGAGAGAUCCAAACUCUACUGCGGUCACUGUUACUAUCAGACCAUCGUCACUCCGGUGUCGUUGCCGGACUCGCCAUGCUCACGGAUCCCACACACAGUCACACUUGUGUCCAUCCCAGCAACCGCAGAGGGCAACAACGGGCGCAGAGGGCGAGGUUUCUCUGUGGCCAUAGACCAGCCGCUCAGCCCGACCAACGGCUACAGCCCCGAUCACGGACACACUGUCAGAGUCUCCCAGGUGGACGCAGACUGCAUCAGUCCAGACGUGAAAAACUCAAUUCAUGUUGGAGAUAGGAUCCUUGAAAUCAAUGGGACGCCCAUUCACAAUGUCCCCCUGGAUGAGAUCGACCUGCUGAUCCAGGAGACGAGUCGACUGCUGCAGCUCACCAUCGAACACGACCCUCACAGUCUGGAGCAGGAGGGAGGCUCCUCAGGGGCUGAAGAGCAAGUGGACGGGCCCCUGUCGACCCCUCUGUCAGAAGGUCCCAGCCCCAUCCUGCCCAUCACUCAACCCCCGAACCCUGAUAUCAACAGUCUUAGAUCCCGCAUCAUCACGAGGAGCUACAGCAUUGAUAAGUCACCAGGCUCCAGCACCGCGGCGUCCCCCAUCUCCCAGAGGAAGGACAUUAAUCGAUCAGAGUCGCUCCGCGUCGUGUCCAAUCAGACGCACCGCAUCUUCCGCCCGUCUGACCUCAUCCAUGGGGAGGUGCUGGGGAAGGGCUGCUUUGGACAGGCCAUCAAGGUGACGCACAGGGAGACGGGGGAGGUAAUGGUGAUGAAGGAGUUGAUUCGCUUUGACGACGAGACACAGAGAACAUUCCUGAAAGAGGUGAAGGUCAUGCGUUGCUUGGAUCACCCCAACGUGCUCAAGUUCAUCGGCGUCCUCUACAAGGACAAGAGACUGAACUUCAUCGCAGAGUACAUAAAGGGAGGCACCUUGAGGGAGAUCAUCAAGAAAAUGGACAGCAACUAUCCCUGGAACCAACGGGUCAGUUUUGCGAAGGACAUAGCUGCUGGGAUGACAUAUCUGCAUUCCAUGAACAUAAUCCACCGAGACCUGAACUCACACAACUGUCUAGUCCGAGAGAACAACACAGUGGUGGUUGCAGACUUCGGACUGGCUCGGCUCAUGGUGGACGACAAGCACGAGGAGAAGUUGUCGCAGGGUAAACUGCCCGGCCUGAAGAAGCCUGACCGCAGAAAGAGGUACACAGUGGUGGGAAACCCCUACUGGAUGGCUCCUGAGAUGAUCCACGGAAAGAGCUACGAUGAGAGAGUAGACAUCUUCUCCUUUGGUAUCAUGCUCUGUGAGAUAAUUGGCAGGGUGAAUGCAGACCCAGACUACCUCCCCAGGGCGAUGGACUUCGGACUGAACGUGUCUGGUUUCCUGGAGCACUUCUGUCCCCCUGAUUGUCCCCCUGCCUUCUUCCCUAUGGCAGCUGUGUGCUGUGACCUUGAUGCAGACAAACGGCCUGCUUUCUCCAAACUCGAGGAGUGGCUAGAGAACCUGAAGAUGCACUUGGACAUCGGUCUACCCCUGGUGUCUGAAGUGGACCAACUGCACAAGGCCUUCUGGGGGAAUCACAGCAUCGCACGCCCUGAAAACGGCCUGCACACUCACCCCGAGCAGCCGGAGUAAGGCUUAACACGACUGGAGGAGUGGGAAGUUAAGAGUUUACCCCACACAGGCAGCGAUCGCCAGCCGCGAGCAGUGCAGUGGCUGGAGGCGUCGUGUAAAUAGUCCUCAGUGUUUGAAGCUGCAGGCGUCGGCUGGCUCAGGCUUAAUGAGUAGACUCAGGGGGAAAAUGUGGAUCUGAAAAGCCACCUGUGCAAAACGCACACACACUUACAUUCAAAGUCAAAUCAAGAGACAUUAACUACAACAGCUUGAUUCUGCUGCACCCGAAGCUAAAGUAGAACAUGUUAUAUGCAAUCAGACCCAACUCUAGAAUCAUGACUCAACUCUUGAAUUGCGUAGAUUUAACGUUCGUGGUCAUACCAUUCAAAAAUACUUACUGUACUUACUGUAGUGUGAAUAUUCAUGUGAACAGACCUUCAGCCUCCUUACUUUGGGCCUCUACAGAGUACAUUGUGCUGUAUGUAUUUGCAGGUGUUUCUGUGUGAGUUUGGUUUGAUUUUGCUUUUGGUUUGGAUAUCAACACUGAACUUGCAAAGGAGAGGGGCUCGUCUGUCGCUUAAAGUGGAAAAAGACAAUUCUUCAACUUUUCCACCUCUUAUGUUUCCAACUGGCAUUAGUGUUGGCGCCACUGUCACAAAGUCAGCUGGAUCGUUUUUUUGUUUUCUGCAGAGCCUAGCAACAGCCAGUAACACAAGAAUCAAAGUUAUGUUUUUCAAAGUUAUGCCCGAGCCACACUGCCUGCGUGAGCAGCUCGUGAUGGUUACCUUGCUGAACUGCUGUGAGUUGCACGCAUGUGGUGUUCACAUAGACAGCGUUGCUGCUGUGGUGCUGCUGCAGAGCCGUCUGUCAGCCCUAUCUUUCCUCAUUGAGUUUUUAUUUGAUAAUGGCUGCUAUGACUAUUGUAUGUCCACAUUUUUAAGCCAGUACUCCACUAAUCUAUGGAGCCGUGCAAGGCACCGUAGACAAUACAACAGGGUGUUCAACCAACCACCGUUUGUGUAUAAAAUAAAUGCUACAUUUUGUUGUGGCUGAAGGCAGCCCUGUUAACACAAACGCCAAAAAUAGAACCCCAAGAGAUUUUGCGACGCACAUGAGCUGCUCGUGCAAGCAGUGUGGCCCAGACGUUACUUUGGUUGUACCAUCUUCUGCUGUUUCUGCUACUGGGGAUGGUAACUGUAAAGAACUUACACUGAUACCCUUUGGUAACUGGGGGAUGCUAGGAGGGAAAACAAAAAUGCUACUCUCGUCCUGUUUUGGUCGCACAGUGGUUGAGGCAAUUCCCUUGUGCCGUAAAUCGAGCCUUCAUUUUCCCAGGAGAUUGUAAGUGAGGCUUGUAGGCAACUAAUCUUAACGCUGAUGAUGUCAUUGUUCUAUAGCCAUUACAUUGCAACUCACAAUAAGUCAAAGCAAAAAAAAACUGUAUUUCCACUUUAAGACACAAAGAUAUAGAUCAUCUUGCUGUCCACUUGUACAAGUCAAACAAAACCUUUCAAGCUUUAAGUAGUUCACUGCAGAGUGCAUGAGUGUAAAUAAUGCUGUCAGGUCACAUCCUUGUUCACCGUGUCCCUGCGACCUCCUCUGGUCUGCGGCCCCUCUCCCUCAUUUAUUGUGUAGCACUGACUUAACAUUGAGGUACACAUCUUUUGCGUAAAUUUGGUACCAAUUUUAAGAGCUUAUGGCAUUUAUAUUGACGUGACAUCUUAUACAUUCAAACACAUACCGGUGUACGUAGCUGGUGACAUUGUAAAUGUUUUAAAUAUUGUAAAUGUACAGACAUAUUUUAUAUACGUAUGCUACAUUGCCAUAUUUUUAUUGGCCGACCAGUUGAAAUUAAGGAGAGUUCAAGUUUGACUGCAGUCAAUAGGGCACAGCUGAAAGCUUUAUUGUUUUUUUUAUUCUACAUUUCCACCACUGUGGCAGAUUAGAGGCUUUUAGCAUCUGAGAUAAGAAUCUUAUCACCACAAAAUAUUUCCUACUCUCAGUUUGUGCUCAGUAAAUGUUACAUUCUGUCAUUUCCCUCCAUCAAAAAAGUAUUUCCAACAUUUGAUCUUGGAGUUUUAUGUAUCCAAAGAGGUGUGCUGGAGUAAAUAAUACUGGAUGAUUUAAUCACGUCAAACAUGCUGAACUAAAUCGGCAUAUUAACUCUAAUUAUGUGUGAUCUGAGAAUUUUGAGGGUGAGCAAUCUGUCAGUUAUUCACUCUCAUCUCUUGUACUGUACAUUAGUUCAGGUGUGGGGAUAAUAUCACCAGGUACUGCCUCAUCAUGUCGGCUGUCUGUCCACAUAUUUGUCUCUCCUCCUGUGGAUGACCCACUGUUUGUUUACAUGUAAAUGCUAGCUGUAAAUAUCACUGUAAAUCUAUAUAUAUAUAUGAAUAUGUGUAUAACCGUCUGUCCAUGCAUCUGUCUGCGUGCAUUGCAUAAAUAUGCGCACUCCUCAGAAAUAAUUUCUUCCACUGUCAAAUUUCUCUCUCGCACCUUCUAACAUGAAUUUUCUGUCUCUAAUCCAAUUUUGUUGUUUAACUUCCUGCCGUCGUUUUCACAAGCUGCAUGAUGUUCUAGCUCUGCUCAGCUUCUAAACGAGCUAUUUUUGUCUCUAAAUGAUUUAAUUUUAAAGAAAAGAAUGAAAGACAAAAAAAGUCAAGCUGAAAAUGAAAUGAGAAAAAAAAAACACAGCAUCUGUUUUUUAUAUAUUUAAAACCACUGAAAUCUUUUUGUAUAGAUUUGAGUACUUUAAUUUGCACUAUAUUACCAAAUGGCUGGUUGAAGCCAUGUUUGUGGAUUUCCUCUCUUGGGCUACUUGUGAUAAGGAAAUAAAUUUUUGUCGGUUCAGGUUGAUAUAUGAAUGCAAGACACUGAUGGAGCCUUUCAACUGUAAAAAUGGGAUCUGGGGAAAUUAUCCUCUUGAUAGCAAACAUAUUCUGAUUAUUUAGAUGCAUUUUUGUGCAUUUUUCAACUUUUAAAUACUGACAGGAGCCUGUUUGGUCCUUAUGUGAGCUCAUAGUUAUUCAUCUAUAGAAAAAAAUUACUUUUAAAGAUUUGCAUUGAAAUGUCUUUGCUACCAGGAGGAUGUGAUGUCCCAGCUCUGCCUGCUGCCUACAGACCGGUCCUUUAUGAAUGAUGUCCUGUGUUGUUCCUGACUGCUUGGUUUCGUAUGUGAUGCCCACAGAGGCUGCACCCACUGCUGGUCUUUCUGAUAGUAGAGCACUUAAACUGGCCUGUCUCACCUCUCACCUCCUCAUCGCACUCUUUUGGCUCAGGGCCGUACUUUUCUGGAGCUUUCUUCACAAUUCAGUUAAUUCAGCAGCUUAAUAGGAAAUCACAGCAACAGUGAGACUCAAAGAGCAUGUAAUCUUCUGUAGAUGUAUAGACACAAAAUAUGCUUCUGUAAAACAAGCCCCUCCUGGUUGGCGUGUUCAUCCGUGGGCAUGUACUGUACAUGAGUGGCUUUGUUUCUGUCUCCAUUCCUGUCUGGGCCAUGUCGAGCAUGUUAGGUGUGUCUGUGAGGACGUGUUGAGGAAUCAAUGAGAAUGUCGCAGCACUUCUCUGCAAAGGAUCGUUACCUCUGAACAAUGCUGUGCCUUUGUUGUAAGCUAGCCUUGCCAACGACUCGAAAACGUAAACUGAUUUCCUUUUUUUUUAUGUAUCAUAAGUGCAAGCCUGAUUCAAGUGGAUUGAAUACCAUUGCUGAUGUUGUAUGAGAUUUCAUCUUGUUCUGUAUCAUAUUUAUAUUUUCCAGAUCUCCAUUGUUAGUUUUGAUAUUUUAAUAUUUCUUUUAUUGUGUGUUAUUUAAUUUUUUUACACAAGCUGUGAAAACAAUUCUGCACUUUAAUCCUGAACGUGAACAUUUAGACUCUGAGGAGGCGACUGUUUUUUUCCCCUUUUGUCACAGCUAAAAAUAAAACUGUUGCUUCUAAAACAAA